AUGUCAUGUAUGUGCCAACGGUACUAUGAUGACUCCCAAGAAGGUACCCCGUCGCACGCUCUGGCAAGACAACAUGCCCGGGCGACGACUCCCUCCGAAGUUGCCGAGGUCACUUGCCAGGCCGCGAUUGCUUCGCUGGAUACCACCCAGGCCCAAAGCCGGCCCAUCAACGAAAGCAUCGUGCAAGAGAACUGCUUUUCUAUCAGGAGCGGAGGCCACUCGCCGAAUCCGACGUGGUCCAGUAUCGGGAGCGACGGCAUUCUCGUAGAUCUGCAGAAACUCAACUCUGUCACCGUCUCAGGCAACGGCAGCGUUGCCAGUGUCGGCUCUGGUGCCCGCUGGGGCGACGUGUAUUCGGUGCUGGACAGUCAUGGAACGUCUGUUAUUGGCGCCAAAGAUCGCACCGUCGGGGUCGGCGGUUCCAUCCUUGGUGGGGGCUAUCACCAUCUGCCAAACCAGUUCGGUCUGGCAGCCGAUAACGUCAAGAAUUUCGAGGUCGUCCUGUCAAACGGCUCCAUCGUCGACGCGAACUCGGAACAAAACAGCGACCUGUUCUGGGCCCUCAAGGGAGGCGGCCCCAAUUUUGGCGUCGUGACGCGCUACGACCUCUAUACUGUGCCGGUCCAUUACGUCUGGGUGCAUAUAAACGUCUACUCGCCCAAUGAUGGCUCCAACGUGCUUGCCGCAUUUGAUGAGUGGCAGAGAAGUGCAGGGUCAGACACCAAGUCCAACGCAGAUAUCAUCAUCUCUCUUGAUUACAUCGUGCUCAUUCUGGUUCACUCGGAGCCUCGAGCAGAGCCUCUCCAAGUUUUCCAGCCAUUCACUGCUCUGCAGCCUAUUGAAGUAGCCUUGCCGCCGACGAACUUGACCUUGAAUCAGCUCAGCGCAGUUUUAGAGACUGCUGGGUUCUCAACCCCAGGUCGCCUCUGGAGAAAGAAAGCUCUCCCAGUGAGACAAUCCACAGGGGCCAACCAAAUAUUUGUACUCCAGCACGUCGGCCAGAAUCUGAUUGACCAAGCCACCAAAAAUGGCGACAACGCCUUAGAUAUACCGCAAGGACCUCAACAAUGGUGGACCACCUCAAUUGACUGGCAAAGUGCCCAAGAUGAUGACCUGGUCAGAUCGGUUUCCGUUGAUACAACCGAGAAAUGGGCUCAACUUGCGGUGGAGAGGGACAUUGGCAUUCCGUUUCUCUACAUGAACGAUGCCGCGCGUGACCAGAACCCACUGGCCUCGUACGGCUCGGAAAGUCUGGCAAAACUGAAGGCUGUGGCGAAGAAGUAUGACCCGAGGCACGUUUUUCAGACGCUGCAGAACGGCGGGUUUCUUUUGUCCAGAGCACAAAAGCCUUGA